GGAACCGCCCGGGCAGAGCUGAGGGCGUCGAGCUCCGGGUAGCGGGGCCGGGGAGGGCAGGUGGCGCCAGGGAAGGGCCCGUCCGGCGCCGGGAUGGAGAAACGAUUACAAAAAGAACUAUUGGCGUUUCAAAAUGAUCCACCUCCGGGAAUGACUCUAGAUGAAAAGAGUGUACAAAAUUCAAUUACACAGUGGAUUGUAGACAUGGAAGGUGCUCCAGGAACACUCUAUGAAGGGGAAAAAUUUCAGCUUUUAUUUAAGUUUAGUAGUCGGUAUCCUUUUGAUUCACCUCAGGUCAUGUUUACUGGAGACAAUAUCCCUGUUCAUCCUCAUGUUUAUAGCAAUGGUCAUAUCUGUUUAUCCAUUCUAACGGAAGACUGGUCUCCAGCCCUCUCAGUGCAAUCUGUUUGUCUUAGCAUUAUUAGCAUGCUUUCCAGCUGCAAAGAAAAGAGGCGACCUCCAGAUAACUCGUUUUAUGUAAGAACAUGUAACAAGAAUCCAAAGAAAACAAAAUGGUGGUAUCAUGAUGACACAUGUUGAUGCCACCAUUUUGUGAUCCUCGUAGCAGAAGAUAGUCCUACUGAGAAAAUGAGCACUUUGAUCAUUCAGUCUUUGAACUUUAACCUUUGACUGGAAGUGACCUAUAGGCAAUGAAGACUACUUCCUUUGACUGCAUUUUUACUAGUGUGCAUUCUGGGCGCAUGUUGAUCGCUGGUUCAGUCCAUGCAAAUGACAUGCUUUUAUUAGUCAUACAGUAUUAAUGCAGGUGUCCAGAAAUGUCAGAAUAAUUCCAUUUUUUUUUUUUUUUUAAGCUUUUGGAAGAAUUCCAGGUCUUCAUAUAUUGUGCAAUAACACUGAGCUCCUUGGCGGUUUUGGUGCAUCCAUUGCCGGCAAUGGACAUUGUACCAGGGAAAGGUUUUGCUCCUGCCACAAAAAAGAUUGACACAUGACAGAACUUACGAAAGUUUUGGAUCUAUCUGGAUUAUAAGCAAGGGAUUGACAAUUACCUUAAAUCCAGCCCAUUCUUUUAUAUUUGGAUUCUAUGCACUGUGACCACAAAACUAGCAGCAUGAGUUAACAUGCCUAGCUGAAGGACUGUAAUAAGAUCAUUACGUAUUUAUUAAAUUGUUUAUCUGCUGUCAAAUUGUUUUGACAUGGGUGGUUUUUCAAGUGACAUUGGCAGAGAGGUACAAUGUUAUCCCUAUGGUGAAGUAAAACUACUUUUUGUAUAUAGUUAUUCAUAUCUCUGAAGCAAAGGUAUGAGUAAUUUAGGGUAUGAGUGAUUUAAACAAGAAUUUAUUUUGGAGAUAGAGGAUGGCAGUGAUAUAACUGAACUAGCUACAGUCCAUAAUUGGGCUUGUAAUUUGUACUUUAGAGCUUUUUCCAAAUAGAUUGCACACUGUUAUUUCCUGCUAGCCAUCAGCAUGAGCCCUACUGCCUACACCAAUAUUUCAUUUAUUUAUGUGUUCGAAAGCAAUCCAUAUAACAUUUUUUGUUUGCAUUCACUGUUUCUUUUGUGUUGUUUGUCAUGUUUGAAUGUUAAAAAACAAUAUUUUGAUUGAAAAGCUUUGUCAGAAGAUAUUUUCAUGUAAAUUAUUUCUUUAUCUUGUAAGCAUCAUCUUGUCUUUUAAUCCUGUAUUAUAAAAAGAAAAGAAAAUACAUUUUUGACAGAGGCUUAAAGUUUUCACAAAAAAGUGUGGACAUUCUUAUUUAAGUUUAGUCUAAAGUAUAUUUUCUUAACUUGCUUGUCCCACGUAGCCAUGCUAAUUUUUCCCGGCUUUUCUUCAACAAAAAAAGGGGGAAAAGCCUAAAAUCAGACAUUUUUCUGUGGAGCAACAUUUAUUCAAAUGAUAGUUGUUCUCAGCACUCUGUAAUAUUUUGAUACUGCAAGUAGGUUGUCUUUUUAGGGAGCACUUUUAUAAACUAAAUACCUUUACACAUAUGCAAAAUUUCUAUGAUUUUUUUUUUUACUGUUGCCUUACUGUUGCACUCAAAAAAAAAAUAAUUCAAGCAAUUAAUGCAUGAAUGUCUAAAUCAACUAAUAGCUUGGUGUAAAAACAAAAAAAAAAAAGAAAGAAAUCUCUAAACCAAAUCCACAAUGAAUAACUACUAUAAAAAGCAGAAAAUUGGCUGAAAAGACUGAUUUUUUUUUUUUUUUUAUCUGCCGUAUGAUAACUGACAUUUUAUAGCCUUGUACAUACUGCUCUGUUACCUAUUGUUUAAAAUACUUCAAAAAAAGUAUAGUUGCUUAACUCAGGGUGGAUAGAGUUUAGAUGGACUUGCUUCAGAGAAGUAUUUUGUACAGCAUCAGAACUGUAGAUACUGGCAGUGAAGUGAGACUACAAUAUAUUUCAGGAACUGCUUUUUUUUUCUACUGUACUGAAAAGAUCUCUUGGCCUUUAAAACCCAAUGGUAAAAUAUAGCUUUGGAUAUAAA